AUGGCAUCCCCCAACUCUUCCGCCGAGAUCUGGCUUGUAGAAGUGACUACUGUCCCCCGUCUGUCCCCCGAGGUCCAGGCCAAGGUGGCCCGCCUCCAGGCAGACACUCGCGAACUGGUGGCCGAGAGAGACAGGUUUGCAGCCAUCAACGCACCCUUCCUCGCCGCCGGCGGUGAUCCGGACAACAUCCCAAACCCAUGGCGCCUCACACCAGCACGCCUAGACAACCUCCUCCGACUCUACUACGGCCUUAAGCCUCACGAUCGUUCGUUUGACGGUAUCUCUUUCGGUCUGUACUUUGGCAGUGUCAACGGAGUUGCCAACGGGGUACCUAUCGGCACCCGCAUCACGUCAUUCAACAUCCAUACUCAAGUCACCAACCUCAACGAAAUCUGGCGUAUGAUUCACUGCAUCCAGGACUCCGAUUCGUUCGGUGAAGGUGGCAUGGGUCUCCCCGCCCACAGCGAGGGAGAGCUCACGUUCAACAUAAUCGUCAAGAUGACUGGAGCCCGAGCUCCUGCUUCAGCUUAG